CAAUAUUUCAAUUUUGUUUUCGUGUUUUUUGUUUUUAAAGUUAUGUUUGUUUUGACCAAAGAUGACGAAAAGUUUGUUUUGUUGCCCGCUAAAAGUGUUUACACCGUAGGACGCCUGGGCACGGAUUUGAUUGUGUCUCAGGAUCUCAGUAUAAGCCGCAACCAUGUGGAGAUCCACCUGCCCCAGAACGAAGAGGAUGACUCGCUGCAAGUGGAGGACCUGGGCUCCAGAUAUGGGACCUUCAUCUUUCCCAGGAGGUCUCAGAAGCCCCAGAAAAUCCCUGCCAGGACACUGACGCCGGUGCCUGUGGGAAUUCGCAUUCGGUUUGGCGGAAACUUGAGCAUUUGGCAGGUGACGCGAUUUAAAUUAGUGACCGCCGUCUCCGCUUUGACCCGGCCAGAGAUCAAAUGGCUGACAGAGAUGCUCGAGCCCAUGGGCGGAACUGUUAGUCCAGACUGGUCGGAGGAAUGCACCCAUCUUACCAUGAACGAGGUCUCGGUGACCGUGAAACUACUGCACGCUCUGCUGGAAAACAAACCCAUUGUGACCUUUGCCUACUGGAAGAAGCUGCUCCUCGCGGCGCAGAAAGUUCAUGUCACGGAGGGAUGGCCGCAGCCAGAGGAUUACCAACCCACGAACAUGGAUGUAACCUGGCGUCCCGAACGCACACGUCUGUUUGCCGGCAGGACGUUCGUCUUCAUGAAUCGCAAACACUUCGAAAUGUACGGAUCAGUGGUGCAGAAAGCUGGGGCAUCCUGCAAGGAUCUCAACUCGGGUGUGCGCAAGACAUUCCUAACAAAGAGUGAUGUGAUAGUCAUACAGUAUGUUCCUUCAUCUCAGUCGCAGGCCACUGAAUCCAUCAAUAGUAUACAAGAUAUCCUGGAGCAGAGCGGUCGACGUGUAAUCCAGGACUACGAGAUUGGCAUGGCCUUGCUCCAUUGCUCCAUCAAGGAAUUCUGCAACCCAACACACAAGUUCAUCAACGAAUCAUUGCCCAUCACGGAGUCCGUGACCUCCUCGAUGGCUUUCAACUCUUCAAUCAUUGUGCCCAACACGGAGCGCAAUACGGCUCAAUCCAGUGGCUCAGCCAUCUCAGAGCUAGUGGUGCCCGAAUCGGAUGCUGUUGAAUUGGAGCAGCAGUCUUCCCAGGUCGACUCGGAACCUAUAACUUCCGGAAGAUCGUUGCGUAAGCGCAGUCAUGCCAUAAUUCUCGACUCAGAUGAGGAGCAGGAAGCCACCUCAUCGAAGCGAGUCAAACCAAUUGUCCAAGAGAAACCAAAGAAAAUCGCCAAGAAUGCCAUACUAGUGGAUUCCUCUGAUGAAGAGGAAAAUUUACGACCACCGGCUCCUGUUCCAGCUGCAAAGAAAUAUGCCACAAAUAGGGGCAAGCCCAUAUAUUGUGAAGACUCCUCGGAUGAGGAGAAUACAGCUUCCAAAAAACAAAAAGAAUCUACAGUUCCUGUAGCUGACAGCUCUCCAGCGGUCAGUAAGAGGGCAGAAGCGCCAGUUGUUUCCAGGACAUCACCACGCCUCAGCUCCAAAUCAGUGGCUACAAAUAUCACAAACCAACAGCCGGAAAAGCAGUCGACAGGGACUAAACGUCCUGUUCUGUCAGUGGCCUUGGAUGACGAAGAGGAUGUUGGUGAUCUCUUUCAAUUCCGGAAAAGUCCCAUCAAGACCGCAGAGAAAGUUGUUCAGCCCAAGUCAGCGGCCAAGGGAAAACCGCCUGGCAGAAUCAGUGUGAUCAACUUUUUGGAGAAAUCACAGCCGCAUGAGCCGGCCUCGUUGCCUUCCCAGGUGGAUUCCCAGUCCCAGACACAACCUCGCAAGCGAUUGCGUCUGGAACCAUUAAACGAAAGCGACAGCGACGACUGCGAAAAUCUCUUCAAUUUUGUGGACAGCAAGAAAAAGAAGAAGAAUCCAGAGAAGCAGACCCAUGAAGAUUCAACGGAUGGCUUGUUCAACUUCAAUUCGGAAAGACCAAGCGAUGCUGUUGACCAGGACUCCGUCCUGACCGAACCAUUCCUUCCCGAAGUUGAAACAAAGAAAAAAUCCAAGUAUAUAGUAGUGCAGCGGAAGGAGCUACCCAAAAAAGUGGAUAUAAGUGGUUGGUUAUCGUGCAGCAGGCUACAUGAUGAUUUGAAAUCCGAGAUAAAACCAGAUCCAGAAGUUUCGCUGGAAAACUCCAUCAAGACGGAUCCCGACGCAGAGAAAUGGCUUUCCGCCAUGAAAGACAGCAUCCAGGUGCGCAUGUGCAACCUUAAUAUCAUCAAUCGCUCUCAAGAUGAGCUGGAUGCCUCUCUUGGGGAUUCUUCUGUGAGCAAGUACAGCGGUCGCAAGAACUUUAAGAAGUUUGUCAAGACGAACAAUCCUCAUCCUCAACGGCGUAUUGUGGCUCUAAAGAGUCUUCAGCUGGCAGAUGGCAUGGUGACCUGUCUAUAAAUAGUCUUUUGUCUUGUCCGAGUUUACUUUAUUUUGCUUAUAAUAAACUUGCGAAAUAUG